AUGGCCGCGGAGCCGACGCUACCCAUUGACCGCGACAUCCAACGACAAUUCGCACAGCUGGAGCAAGAGAGCGGCGACGUCCUCCCACGAUACUACGAGCUGUACCAACACUUCGUCGACCGACAUGGCCUCUUACCGCUGGGACGGAUCGAGCACUACCUCCCCAAGAGCCUGCAGCUCUCGAUCUGGGCGCUCGCCGAGCACCAGCUGAGCUCCGGCACCGCCAACAUGGUGCGCGCGCUCUGCCGCGACCCCGCCGCGAAGAGCGAGAUGAAGAGACGGAAUGGCGCAUGGGCUCUGGGCCUUGCGGACGUCGUCGGGCUCUUCCACACCGGCCGCGGAGGCCUCACGCGGGAUCUGGCGGAGGCGCUGCUGGCGGCCGACAAAGCGCGAUGCGACCUGGACCAGUUCGUGGCCGCCCUCGUCGACUGCGCCGAGCAGCGUCGCAAGGCCCACGACCAGCACUCCAAGCGACGAGCGGAGAAGGACCGGACACCGGCGCUCAGGUUCGUGGCUGCCGAUGCGCGGAACGCCCUCAAGGCUUUGCCAGCCCACGACAUACACGAUGAGCAGCAAGGGGAAGAACAGCCCGAAGUGCAUGGCAAUGGGCAUGGUGCAUUAUCUGGACGACGAGACGAAGACGCACAGGAUGGCGAGCGUCACGUCGGGCAGGAAGAAGAGGAGCCGCAGAUUGCGCACAAAGAUGAACAUGACGGCGAGCGAGAAGGAACCCAACACCAGCCUGCGCGCGAGCAUGAGCCUGAGCAUGAGCCUGAGCAGGAUGAGUCACAGAGCGAGCGCGCAAGUGGACAAGGCACGGGAGGUAGAGACAGGCUGGAUGAGAUGGAGUUGGAGCUUGAGCAGGACAAUGCGUCGGCCGCAGGCUCGCGCCUGUGGCAUGAUACGAGAGCAGAUAUUGAUGAUGGCUAUGACGCCGACGGCCAAGAAUGGGGGCCAGGUGAGGAAUGGAACGAGAAUGAGCAGAGCCAAGCCGAUUCUCCGCCGAUAGAGACAGGGCGGCGGCGCCAACCCUCCCUCAGCAGCGUGCCAUCGCCCGACCACUUUCCAGCGCUCGAACGCUCUCCUCCAUCUUCGAACAUCAGCCGAAAGCGAACACACGACGAGUUUGACACAGGGACGCCCACCCUGCCGCCACGGUCCAAGCUGCCGCGUCUCAGCCCGCCGAUCGAAGUUCAAGAAGAGGAGGCAGAGUCCGAAAUCGCCAUGGACGAUGAGUCGUCUCACGAUGCGACGGUGCCCUUCUCGUUGGUGGCGACACAGACGCAGGUGCCUGCGCAGGCUCUGCCGCCCGGCGGACCUGCGUGGCGCCGCAUCCUGGACUCGCUUUCGGAAGAGAGUGCUACUGCAUUUUCAGCGCCCCAGUCUUGGGCCAAAGCCGAUGCUGUUGACUUCCUCUUGGCCGCACUGGUUCCUCCAGAAUUUCAUGUCGUGAACUCCUCAGCAUCUCUGCCUACCGCUCACGCCAGAUAUCGCCUAUGCGAUUCUGCCGGCACCAAAGAUCCACCGCCAAUGGUGAUACCAAUGAGCAACGACACCCACUGGGUCGUCGCAAUCCUAUCGCCUGCCAUACACAAGGCCACGAUAUUCGAUUCGAUACCCUCGUCCCGAGACUCGUCGUGGGAGGAGAGGCUGUGCGCAUUCUACAAGAGACUACCAGAUCGGUCUCAGACACACCUUCGCAUCGAAUAUGCCCUCAGCGCCCCCGAACAGCACAACGAAUUCAGCUGUUGCAUAUACGCUGUCCUCAAUGCGCUGACACAAACGACUGGCCUUUCUUUACAACGCAUUGACGACGCGGUUGCUCGAACUCUUCUCGGCUCUGUUAUCGCUGCUCGAACCGCCCCGCCGGCCGCAAUCUCUGAUCUGCCAGCUGAUCUCAGGUGUCCUGUGCCGAGCGAAGCAACGCCGCCGACAGACGAGCAGACGGCGUCGAGUCACCUCGCCAGGCUGAAGAACAACGUGAAGCUGGCCAAGCGCCAAUACAAAGAGUUGAAACGCGCCUUGCAAGACUUCAAGGGCCGAGAACAGGUCGUACGGUACACUUGCGGGAUCGUCGAACUUUUGUUCAGGCGCCUAGACGAGAACUUGGAGCGGCACCAGCAUCGUGAAGACAAGAUUGUUGCAGCCAUAUCGAGAAUACAGUCUCUUGAUGCGGAGGAGAGAUUGGUGUUGGAUGAGCUAUCAUCGCAGCCAUUCGGGGAUUUCGAUAAGAUAAAGCUUGACAGAUGGGAGCAUGAGCGCGAGAAGACUAUGCAGCUGCGAAGGAUCCUUCGCUGUUCGAUCGAAGCAGCACGCACGAUGAAUGCGAACUUGGACACUGAAUUUGACAAAGCCUCUGCUGAGCUAUCGUCAUUGUCAGCGUAG